GAUAAGCUAGCUUGAUACGGGCAUUGAGGCUUGCUUGAUCUUUCUCUUCGAGCAUAAGAGGAUUGCUUUCCUCCCAUUUGAGAUAUGCUUUCCAACGGCCCACGAAGGUCCGAUCUUGAAUCUGCGAGGGAACGGGGAGAUACAUUCCCGAAGAGGGGGGUAUGAGACCGUUAAGAUGCUCCGUUAGCCGUCGCAGGACUGAACGAGCUUGGGUGUGGGCUGCCGACAAGUCCGUCAUGAACUUCUUCGCGGUGAGCUUGUUGAGGCCGGUCUCAAACGCUUCCAUGUCACUCCACAGUUUCUCGACGUUGUCAAGCGGGAUUUGGACAGCUCGUUGAUAGACCUUGCGCAAAGCGUCCAUCUUCUGUUGUGUUUCCCAAGUCGUGGUCGUCUCGGCAGAGUGGAGGAACUGGAUGUACUCGGCCCAGAUGGAACCGCUGUCGCGAUCCUGGCCAAUGUGGGUAAGAGCGAAUUCAUACGCCUUGCGUACCGUUUCGCGCGUCGUGGAGUUUUGAUUCACGCGCCGGACAAAGUUCAGAUAGAACCUCCACAGAUCUACAAACGGCGACGGGCGAAGGAAUCUGUUCAGGAGCUCCUCUCCACGACGCAAGUCUGGGAUGUUGAAGAACCGAUUGAUAAACGCGAUUUCCGCUUCGGCCGUGUGCGGGUAGUUUUUUAACAACGCUUCGUAUGCCUCGUUGAAUUGUUCCGUAUUCUCGCUGGCGUCUGCAAGCUCGCGCAACCGACUCCAGCCUUGGGGAUCAUGUGGAGACUUUCGUAGUCGCGACAACAGCUCGUCAAACUCGGAGGAAAGAGGGGAGGAUGAGACAGAUUCAAUCUUGACGUUAGGAUCAGGUUCGUAUUCAGACAUCGCGAGGACGAGAGUCAGUCAAAGGGCUCGUUUCACUUUUGCUACACAAUGAGAAAGUUUGUGCACGUCGAACACGUCGAACAGACACGUUCUAGGUCUCACUGCUGCAGUUAGUUUUAAUGAGCCGACUUUUGGAGGUGAGGCCUAGCAACGAGCCUGCAGCAGCUUGAUAGCACACGAGGUGAGAGGUACGAAGUCGAAAGCUAAGGACGCGAAGACAGGAAAGUGAUCUGUGAUGUCACAGACUAUUGUCACCUUUCCUGCCUCAUGAUGAGUCUGAUGUCGCAUUCCGCCAUUCCGAGUGAAGGCCAAAGCUAAAGCUGUAUGCAAAUCUGCUUCCAUUUCUAAGCGCAUCAGCCUGCCCUGGACUUCGAUCGUUUUUAUUCGAGCCGUCAUCUAAUCAGGCGAUCUCACCAAGGACGUUUACUGUUGUCCGCUCCGAGUCUCAGCAGCCAUGUCGGCGCUAUGUUGCCAAGGCCGUCAUCGCUAUCCAUGAGAGUGGUUACGUGGCAAGCUCCCCUCCAUAUUCGGUUCCGUCGCCGUAAUCCGGCCCACAGAUGAACAUUGGACCUGUCAUCUAUAUGUCAACUUCAGAAGUGCUUAUAAAAACAUCGGGGAAUUUCUUCGCGACGGCUGAACACCUCUCUCCCCGAUGAGUGAAGCUUCCGUCACAUCGUUACCCAUAACCCAAGUCCGCCCGUAUCAGAGCUAUCCCGGCUCUGAAUACAUCUUGCCUACAGACGAGGUCGAAAAACUAAGAUUGCAAACUCAACAUGACUCCUUGAAGCGCAUAUUCGACAACAAGAUUUUGUUUGCCCCAGUCGAUCUCGGGCCAGAUGACAGAGUCCUCGAUAGUGGUACUGGGCCUGGUCUUUGGAUCCUCGACUUGGCUGGGACGACCAACCCAGCGACUCAUAUGAUUGGGCUCGAUAUCGAAUCUCGCCUCUGGCCCGCAUCCCAUCCCGAGAACGUUAAGUUUCAGCUUGGUUCCGUGACCAAGCUGCCCGAAGAGUGGACCGAUACUUUCUCCCUCGUGCACCAACGUCUUUUGAUUCUCGGUCUCCAAAUCCCCGAAUGGCCGACGGCUUUGUCAGAGAUGUAUCGGGUGCUUCGACCCGGGGGAUGGGUCCAGAUUGCGGAGAGCACACCUUGGGUAGAGGACUCGUAUCCUGACCGGCCGUGCAUGGAGAAGCUAGUCGCACUGUAUCGGCGGAUCGGCGAAUUGCGCAACCUGUAUGUUGACUGCGCCUACGAUAUGCCCAAGUUGCUCGAGGAAGCGGGUUUUGUCAGCAUUCAAAAGGAAAUCAGAGAUCAGUGCAUGGGCAGCUGGGGAGGACCUGAUGGGGAGGUCAUGAGGCUGAACCACGUCGGAGUCUUGCGCGGCAUCAAGACACCUGUCUUGCAGGCCGGAGGAUUUGGAAUCGUUUCCUCGGAGGCAGAAUACGACGAGCUUCUCGAUUGCCUGGAUAAAGAAUGGGAAGAGAACCCAGGAAUGACGAAGGAAUUCAUGAUUUUCUGGGCGCAUAAGCCUACCAUUUAAAUCUAGUCUUUCACACUAAGUAUGUCAAGUUCCAGCCUCGAGGAAGAUAAGUGUAAAUGGUGGUACUGUACUAUUAGUAGGCAGAGAGGCAAGGUCAGGUGAUGACAUCUCAAUGGAGACAUCGCAAUUUGGAUUCAUAGGCUACUCUACAUACAGACAUGUACUUGUAAAAGCAGGGUGGUCAAACAUGAGGUGAUUUUGCAGUGAUUCUAGAGUGAUUCAUGGUGAUUCUGUGUGUCAAAUCAGACUUGAAUCACCA